UGAGAUGGAAGUCAAAAUGUCAUUUAGCAAAGCUGGUAGGAUUCCCGAAACUGUAUCCACAUUAAUUAAUGAAGAAUUUGUCCUGGUUCAUCAGCAAUCUGAGGACACCUCUGGAAAUGAUGAAAAACCUCAGCUAAAGGUAUUUUCAAAUGGAGAUGAUCAGCUGGAGAAGGCAAUGGAAGAGAUACUGAGGGAUUCUGAAAAAGACCAGAACAAUCUCACUGCUCUCCAAGAAGGUUCCAGUGAUGCAGGCAGCCAGGCAACUGGAAGUCAAACAAAUCAGCCGUCUUUGCACCUUGUUUUAGACCCUUCUGCUACAGAAAUCUCUGCACCAAGGCCAUCUUCUCCCAGUGAACCCCUGGAGGAGGACAGCGUACUGUUUAACAAACUGACUUAUUUAGGUUGCACAAAGGUGUCUGCCCCCCGAAAUGAACUGGAGGCUCUACAUGCCAUGGCAAACAUGAAAUCCUCAAGUCAAGCCCCUUUACCUGUAACACUUUAUGUUCCAAAUAUUCCGGAAGGCUCUGUAAGAAUAAUAGAUCAAUCAAGCAAUGCAGAGAUAGCCUCUUUUCCAAUCUAUAAGGUGUUGUUUUGUGUACGUGGACAAAAUGGGACUUCAGAGAGUGACUGUUUUGCAUUUACUGAAAGCAGCUGUGGAACAGAAGAGUUCCAGAUUCAUGUUUUCUCCUGUGAGAUUAAAGAGGCAGUCAGCCGAAUUUUAUAUAGUUUCUCAACAGCAUUUAAACGUUCUUCCAAACAAGCAUCCGAUCAUGUUAAGGACUUUGUUCUUCCCACUCCAGAUAGUGACGUGUACACUUUCAGUGUUUCCUUAGAAGUCAAAGAAGAUGAUGGAAAAGGAAAUUUUAGUCCUGUGCCAAAGGAUAGAGAGAAAUUAUAUUUCAAGCUUAAACAGGGAAUUGAGAAGAAAGUGGUUAUUACGGUAAAAAAACUCUCAAACAAAGAACUGGCCAUUGAAAGAUGCUUUGGGAUGCUACUAAGCCCUGGACGAAAUGUGAAGAACAGUGACAUGCAUUUGCUAGACAUGGAAUCCAUGGGAAAAAAAAAAGAUGGGAAGGCUUAUGUAAUUACUGGAAUGUGGAAUCCUAAUGCACCCAUGUUUCUAGUACUUAAUGAGGAAACUCCUAAAGAUAAGCGUGUUUUCAUGACAGUGGCAGUGGAUAUGGUGGUUACUGAAGUAGUAGAACCAGUGCGGUUUUUGCUGGAGACUGUUGUGCGUGUGUAUCCUGCCAAUGAACGCUUCUGGUACUUCAAAACAGAAACUUUUUACAUGAAGCUAAAACAGGUAUUCCACACAAGUGCUGGGGAUGCAAUUUAUGAAGUUGUCAGUCUACAAAGAGAAUCUGCAAGAGAGGAAGAAUUGGUCAGCCCAACAAGUGGAGGAGGGCCUAUGUCUUCCCAGGAGGAUGAGGCAGAAGAAGAGAGUGAUAAUGAACUCUCCAGUGGCACUGGUGAUGUGUCAAAGGAUUGUCCUGAGAAGAUUUUGUAUUCCUGGGGAGAAUUACUGGGGAGAUGGCACAAUAAUCUUGUUGUGAGACCAAACGGAUUAUCUACCCUGGUGAAAAGAGGUGUUCCAGAAGCACUGAGGGCAGAGGUUUGGCAGUUGCUGGCAGGAUGCCAUGACAACCAGGCAAUGCUGGAUAAAUAUCGAGUUCUCAUCACAAUG